AUGUCUCAGCUGUGGAAACUAGUCUGUGUGCUGGUUGUUAUUGUAGUAGCCAUCAGUGUCCCUUUAAGCGAUGCUUCUCGCACAGUCCUAGAAGAUUAUUAUCAACUUCCUUCUACACCUCACGACGAUGAUUACGAUUAUUACUCUCCUUCUCCAUCUCCUAGUUCAUACGAAGAAGAUGAUGAAUUUGUGUAUAAUGAUGACAAUGAUUAUUAUUAUUCUCCUGCGCCUGCGCCUUCUACUUCCUAUCAAGAUGAACUUUACGACGAUUAUUAUUACUCCCCUGCCCCAUCUCCUUCAUACAUAGACGAUGACCAUGGCGAUUAUGAUUAUGAUAAUUACUCCCCUUCCCCUUCUCCUUCGUAUGAAGAUGAGUUUGGGUACAAUGAUGAUUAUUACUACUCUCCUUCUCCUUCACCUUCUUACGAGGAUGAUUAUUACUAUACUCUUGCUCCUGCUCCUUCAAAUGACGAUGAAUUCUACGAUGAUGAUGAUGAUGAUGAUUAUUACUACCCUGCUCCAUCUCCUUCUCCAUUCCAAGAUGAAUUGGAUUAUUACUCCUCUGCACCUUCUCCUUCGAAUUCACAAGAGGAAAACGUGCUCUUUGAUGGUGAAUAUUACUCUCCCUCUCGAUCACAGGCGUCACAAGCUAAUUACCUUGACGACAAUGAAGAAACUCUUAGUCCUACAGUAAUGUCCACGGAAACUACUAAUGAUGAUGACGCGGAAGCAGAAGCUGAAGCUGAUGAAGAUGAUCCCGCUACUGAAGUAGUAGUACCUAAUAAUAAUAAUAAUGAUGAUGGCGGUGAAGUGAUGAAUAACGAGCAAUACGUUGAGGAUGAGAAGAAGAGUAAUAAUAAUAAUAAUAAUAACAAAAGAGCGAUUGGGUAUGCGAUGGUGGGAAUAUGUUUGGCUGGAUUGGGAGUACUAAUUUACAAGAAGCACAAGAACAACAACCAGAGGCGCAACAACCACCCCAUGUAUGUACAGUUGUCUCAAAAUAGGGACUUUGCUUAA